CGCGUGCGGGCGCCAGGACAGUCGCUGGAGCUCGCCCCUCACGGCCGCAGGACACGACACGACACAACCCCGAGGACCCCCGAGGACCUCCGAGGACCUCCGAGGACCAUGCCGCAGGACGCGCCGCGCCAGCCCUCGCUCAGGCAGAGGGUCGCCCACGACGCCGGCAUGGACGAGGGCCCGGAGAUCAAGGCCAUCGAGACAGUGACGACCCCGGCGCUGGUGGGCAUCUGCCUGGCCGCCGCGCUGUUCCUGGUCGCCGUGGCGGCGGUCACCUGCCUCUGCUACCGCCGCCACGCGCGCCCGCCCCCCGGCAAGAAGCGCCGCCCCGACAAGCCGCUGGCGCCGCCCCCGCACCGCCGCCCCACGGCCGUCAAGAGUCCGCCCGGCGCCACCGCCACGCACUACCUGCGCAAGAGCCCCAGCCCCACCGGGUCCGCGCCGGGCGGCUCGGGUGGACCCAGCCCCACGGCGAGCCAGCCGUCGCCGUCGACCCAGGGGUCGCCCAGCCCGGUGUCGGAGCAGCAGCAGCAGCAGCAGCAGCAGCAGCAGCAGCAGCAGCAGCAGCAGAGGGACAGCAACAGGGACGGCGGCACGGUGCGCUUCCACGUGGAGGACGAGGUGCGCGACAAGCCCACCACGCCCUCCAAGGAGGAGCUCGAGGCCAACGAGAAGAACCUGGCGGCGGGCGACGGCGGCGGCGCGGGCAAGCUGGGCCAGCUCUUCUUCAAGCUCAGGUACAAGGGCGAGAAGAACGCGCUGGUGGUGACGGUGGUCAGGUGCAAGGACCUGCCCGCCAAGGACCUGAACCUGGGCAGCAGCGACCCCUACGUGAAGCUGCAGCUGCUGCCCGACAAGCAGCACAAGGUGAAGACGCGCGUGCUGCGCAAGACGCGCGACCCCGUCUACGAGGAGGACUUCACCUUCUACGGCAUCGCCUUCAAGCAGCUGCAGACCAUCACGCUGCACUUCGUGGUGCUGAGCUUCGACCGCUACUCGCGAGACGACAUCAUCGGCGAGGUGUUCUGCAGCCUGGGCGGCGUGGACCUGUCGCAGGCCGAGUCGCAGCAGCUGUCGCUCUGCAGGGACAUCAACCCGCGCAGCCUCAAGAUCCGCGCGCAGGGCAGGGGCGAGAUCCUGGUGUCGCUGUGCUGGCAGCCGGCGGCUAACAGACUCACCGUCGUCGUGCUGAAGGCGCGCAACCUGCCCAAGAUGGACGUCACGGGCCUGGCAGAUCCGUACGUGAAGAUGUACCUGCUGUACAACAACCAGCGGAUAGCGAAGAAGAAGACGCACGUGAAGAAGCGCACGCUGAACCCGGUGUUCAACGAGUCGUUCGUGUUCGACAUCCCGGCCGGCACGGACGGCCUGGCCAGCGUCAGCCUGGAGUUCCUGCUGCUGGACUGGGACCGGGUGACCAAGAACGAGGUGAUUGGUCGGCUGGAGCUGGGCUCGGCCAAGAGCACCGGCUCGGCGCUGCACCACUGGAACGAGGUGUGCAGCUCGCCCAGGCGCCAGAUAGCGGAGUGGCACAAGCUGCGGGAGUAGACGCAGCCUCCCCCUCCCUGGAACAGACCGCAGCCCCCCCUCUCCGCCCCCCACAAACCAACCCCCUUGGAAGCCGCGCCCCCGGGGUCGACAGAACCUCUCAGAGCUGUCUGGCAGGAGUCGCCAUCCACCCCCUCCCCCGCCCUACACCAUAGUCACCCCUGGACACAGCCAAGUUCUCCCACCAUCACCGCCGCCGGAAAAAGUGGUUUGGAGGACUUGGCUGGUCGCAAGGGUGAAACAAGAAAUUUGUUAUGUGUUUUAGAAUGCUCUUAGAAGAUAUUUUCACAUGUUAUCGGUUUUAAAAUUAGUUGUGAACGUUACUAACUUUCAUUGUCUAUUUUUUGUAUUAGUUUCAGAAGAUAUAUUAGUUUAAAAAAAAUUUGAAAAAAGGGGUGCAUAGAUGUACUUUCAGCUAGACAACUCAGAGAAGUAAACGUUCUUUGGGGAGCAGCCAAGAAAUGUCAGGGAAAAAAAAAUAUAUAUAAUGGGCUUACAUAACUGUAAGGUAACAGACAGUAUGUGAUAAUAAUACGAGAGGUUGUUGAAAAUUUAUCAGUAAUCUGAUAAUUUUGUAGUUUAAAGUUAUAUAUUUUUGCUGUAGGAUUUUACUUAUAUAUAUCUGGAAAGUUUAGUUUUAUUUUGACGUUUUACAAACACGUCUUUUAUGAUAAUGUGUGGCAAAGGAUAAAGUGUAUCAACUGAAAAAAUUACAAAUUGUAUGGUUUUAAGUAUGAGUUAGGUAAACAAAUUAGAAAAUAAGUAAUGAAGAUGCUGUUAUAGUAAACCGAUAUGUUCAUACUCAUUGGGUUGAUUAUAUUUUUUAAAAGACGAAGACUUUGUAUGUUUUAUACAAAGAUGACGUUAAGUGAUGACUUAUAUGAGUAAAACGUAUUAUCAAAAUUUGUUAAGCUAAUAUAAUAAUAUUUUAGUAAAUGUAAAUGACAAUAUUUGCGUAAUGAUUUAUAACCUAUGAUACUAUUUGUUUAAAUAUCUGAAUAUAUUGUACGUUUUAACAGAAAUAGAACUCGAAAUGACACGAAGUGUUUUCUUACAUAACGUAAUUACUAUCCUAUUCCACACAUUUAAUUAAAUGGAACUGAUUAUUAAUAUUACAAGUUUUGAUAUAAAUAUGUUAAAUAUCUUAAAGAAAGACUUAAAAUACAUCCCUCCAUUAAAUUUACGCUUUGUCAUGUAUGUUUCAAAUAUGUUUGUAGGUUUAUGUAGCUCUGCAUGAUGGCCAUACUGUCAAAAAAGCCAUUUUUACCUUAAAAUUUUGAAUAUAACGAAAAAUCCUAAACAAAGCAGGAGAUAACAGUGUUUUCAUUAAAAAUAUGAAUAUUUAAUAUUUGUUGUGCGGCAUUACCUCAAAAUUUAAUUUAGCCAUCAAAACAGUAAUUCAUUGCUAGUUACGUUUCCUGAAUUACAUCACAGCCAUUUUUUUUCUGAACUUCAUUCGGCCAAGGAAACCAAACAAGGACGCAACGAGGAAUGAAAACAACAAAAGUGAAAUAUUUGAUCUUCAUAAAGACUUGAAAGUUAAGCUUCUGCUUACAUUUUUAUUAGUGCGUUUUUUAAAUCAUUAGUAAAAAUAUAAAAAAGGGCAACAUAAUUUAAGUUUUAAAAAUUAAAAAAUAGCAAAGAAUUUAAUUGUAUGAAAUUAAAUGUAAGUUUUUUAAGUGUGUAUUUUAAAACUUUGAUGUUAUUAAAUAAGGUGUAUUUGUAUUAUAUUCAUACUAGAAUAUGCUUUAUAGCUGUUUGUGCAUAUUUUCCAAACGCUGGAGUUUUUGUAUUAACUGCUGGAUUAUUUUAAAUAUUAUUUUAGGAUGUGAUUUUUAUUAAAAUGAGUUAGUUUAAGGUAUAGUUCUUGUUAUAAUUUCGCAUAUUAAUCAAAGGUUGAGUGGAGACCUAUAUGAUGAAUUAUAUGGUAAUGAUAUUUUCACUUUAUGUAAAAUUCAUGUAAUUAGAAGCACCAACUGUUUAUGUUACCUUAGACAUGCUCAGUCAUUCUGCUAAAAAAAAACAUAAAUUUGGAUUUAACAUGUUUUGUACAUUAGGCCUACAGUUUGUUGAGUGUUUCCAGAUGUUAUCAAACACAAUUUGAUCUGCGAGAUUAAUAUUGCAUAUUUUUGUGUAGAAAUAAUUUCUCAUUAAGACAGACCACUAUUUCGCAAAUAUAUACGUGUGAAAAGUAAAAUUAAUAUAAUAUUUAUUAAGAGUAGAACCUAUGUUAUUUUUAAGGUAACUGUUAAGACUAGUGUAAGCAUCAACCACUAAAGUACCUUCCCGUAAAAAUAAAAGAUUAAAAAUAUGUACAAUGUUUAUCAGAAUUGUGGUUAGUUCAAAAUAUAUAUUUUAAACACAUGCAUGUAGAUUUUGUUUGGCACACAAAUAACGUACUUUUGUAUUUAUUACUCCGCUUUGUACGAUUUUUGUGCACUAUAACUGGCUUUAAAAACUUUUAAUCUUUGGUAUUUAAUAACAGCCUAUUGAAACAAAAUAAAAGUUUCAUUAUUACUUUGUAUGAAAGAAAAAUGUAAAAUUGAAUGUACACAUAAGUUGUGUAAAUUAAAACUACUUUCAUUUAUGGUUUAUGUAUUUUUCCCUAGAUGAGAACUUAAUUGUACGAUGCGUAUAUUCACGAUUUUCUCAUGAUUCUUGUAUUUGUAGAAACUUGUGAUCAUAAAAUUUAACUAAUAAUUAACUGCGUGAAAUUGUGCAUAUUUAAUUUAUUCACAUAUACAUUGGAAACAUUAUUUGGUUUAGGUGAUGAAAUCUUAAAAAAAAAAAAAAAAAAGUUUAAGAACAAAAAACAUUGUUGUGUUUACAACCAAAUUACUUAUAGAAAACACAGCAUUAGUAAAAUAAAUUGUCUUUUCGAGAUAAAA